GGAUUGUCCACUGACGGAUUGACCGGUCACGCAUUAUUUCAGUGUGCGUAUAUAAACAUGCUUGAGGCAAUAAUUGCUAGCGACGAUGAACCUUUUAGAUUUCUAGAACGAACAAUUAGGGAGGCAAAAUACAAUAAAUCAUUGGAAUAUUCAAGUACAAUAUGGGGCACUAGUGAUCUGCUUGCCCGACUACAUUGGAUUAAUUGGGCAGCAAUGGGACUUGUGCCGCCUUUGGCUGAAUGAAUUGAAUUUUUGCAAUUUAAUCGAAAAAAUUGAAUAUUUAAAAAAAUUUACUAUUUUCCAAAAAAUUGAUAAAAAAUUAAAAAAUAAACGAAUUGAUUAUCUGAUACCUUUUGUAUUGUUUACCCCUCCUUUCUUGUACAAAACGGCAUACGGACACUCCAAAAUUUGUGCCCCCUGCACAAAGGCAGGGGGACUUGAGUUGCCCCCUGCACGAAGGCAGGGGGACUUGAGUUGCCCCCUGCACGAAGGCAGG